AUGAAUAUUUUUCGCUCGUAUUUAUCUGGUGAAAGUCCAGCAACAGUGUCUGAUCUUGAGUCAAAAGAAACUCAUCGAGAUAAUGAUUCAUUUCUAAUGAAAAACAGUAUUGAAUUCAAUGGAUAUGCUAAUGAUCGACAAGCAAUGAAUGCAAAUCGAAAUCAAAAGCAGCAUGACAUAAUCGUUGAUUCAAAUUAUGUUCAUAAGAAAGUACCGAUCGUGCCUAUUGAUCGCUCAAAAUAUAUCUAUUAUAAUGGAAAACUUCUUCCUGUCGAUUAUAUUCUUGUUUAUACACGUUAUCAUUCGAAUCAUUUUCGACGAAGAACUCAUCGAUCUAAGCGCCAACAUGAAGAAUAUCGAGAAUUUUUUCAAGAUCGUCUUAGAAAAUUAGGUUUCAUUGUUGUUGAAGAACGAUUAACUGACGAACAAAAUGAUCUUCUCAAUCUACGACAAGCUGAAAACUCCGCUGAUAUUUCUGAUAACAAUAAUAAUACAAAUGCAGAAAGUAAUCAUGUGCUUGCUCGUGGUUUUUCAACGUUACAACGACAUGUGUCAAUACGUUUACAAAAUAUCAGUUCACAUUUAAAAAAAGAUUCCACCGAUACUCACAGUAAAGCUAUUGAUGAAGAAGAAUCUGUUGAAUUAGAAGAUUCCAAAGAGAAUAUCAAUCGAAAGAAUGAUUGUCAAAAUAAAAGAACGCUUUCGAACGAACGUGAUGACGAAUUGAAACAAGAUGAAAGAUAUUUUGUCAAAAUUCACGCACCUUUCGAAGCUUUAUUAGUAUUAGCUGAGAAAUUAAAAGUUAAAUUACCUUUUAGUGAAAAUAAAGCACCAUUGAGACCGGGAUUAUUUGAUCAUGGUCUACCUUGUCAAUUUACUCGUCUUAAUCCAACUGAGUUUCCUCCUCCACAUAAUGGAAAAACAUACUUUACUGCUUGUUAUCAAAAGAGUCUUCACUACAGAUUUUCGGAACAUUUUGGUGAUAUUAAUCAAGUAUUUCGUCCGGCCGAACGAAGUCGUUUAGUCUAUGAAAUUCUUCUCCGUUGUCCGUAUAGAUCGCCUGAACCAUUACUAACUGACAGAAUGCUUGUUUUAUUAUUUGAUGAUCAUGAUCCGAUUGAUGAAAUUGAAAGUGAAUCACCGGAAAUGGAUUCAACUGCACCAAAUCUGGUUAUGAAUAGCCGACAAUCACAAGCGAGUGAAAAACAAACAUUAAAGAUCGAAGAAGUUUUCACAUCGAGUACACGAAGAUCAGGCAUGAAAGAUACAGGGAUUGAAGUUUUACUUGAAGAAGGUGUUUACGAAGCAGCAUUUCCAUUACAUGAUCAGCUAAUUGAUGAAGAAGAUGCUGGUGAACCUGAAACAUGGAACGAUCGAAUGAAAUUAUAUCAUCGUUGGGCAAGAUUUACAUUCUAUUUUGCUUGGCUUGGGUGGUAUAAUUCACUAUUAACGGUCCCGUCGAUUCUCGGAGUCUUUGUUCUUCUAUGGGGCCUACUGUCAGUUAAAUAUGAUCAACCAACAUUAGAUAUAUGUAAUCCUACUUCCAGUUAUUUAAUGUGUCCAAAAAUUGAUCGGCAAGCGUAUUGGUUUUUAAAUGAGACAUGUUUUAAUGCUAAAAUAUCCUAUAUUUUUGAUAAUUCGGCUUCGGUAGCUUUUGCUAUUAUCAUCAGUAUCUUUGCUGUCAGCGUGAAUUUUCUUUGGCAAAGACAAGAGUAUCGAUUACAAUUUGAAUGGGAUAUGACGGAUAUUACUGAAGAAACCGAAACUUUGCGACCGGAUUUUGAACGGCGUGUAGAAAAAACAAUUAUCAACAAAGUUACAGAUAAACUUGAACCUUAUGUACCUCUUUAUAAACGUCUUAUCAGUUAUAUGUCAUCAUUUUCAGUCGUAUUAUUUAUGGUAUUACUUGUUCUGGCUGUUGUUGCUGGCAUUGUUGUCUAUCGAUUAAGUGUUUCGGCAGCAUUUAAUACAAUUGACCGAGAAAUGUGGAUUUAUCGUUGGAAGCCAAUCAUUGUUCCAAUCACUGGAGCGUUAAUCAAUUUGGUCAUUAUUUUAAUUUUACAAUAUUUCUAUGAAAUUCUGGCUAUAUGGUUAACGAAUGCAGAAUUGCAUCGCACCGAUAAGACUUAUGAAGCGAGUCUAACAAUAAAGAUGUUUCUCUUUCAAUUUGUAAACUAUUACGCCAGUAUAUUCUAUAUUGCUUUGAUAAAACCGUUGAUUAUCUACAAACCAACGCAUCUUGAUCAUCAUUCAAGACCGUUUCGUCUAGAAGAAUGUGAUGUUAGUGGUUGCGUAUGGGAGUUAUCGAUCCAAUUGAUCAUUAUCAUGGUCGGUAAACAACUGAUAUCGAACAUAUGGGAAUUUUAUUUUUCGAGAUUAUGGAACAUGUGUCGAAAACGUAUUAAAUUUCGUCAAACCGUUCGUCAAAUCAACAAACGAAAUGCUAAAAUGAAGCAAAUGCAUGAUCAACCUUUGAACAUGAAUUUGAAACGUUCCUACGAAGAAGAUUUUCUUUUACAACCAUUUGAACUGACAACACUUUUUUAUGAAUAUUUGGAAAUCAUUUUACAAUUUGGUUUUGUCACAUUUUUUUGUUUAUCGUUUCCUCUGGCACCAUUAUUUGCAUUCAUUAAUAAUAUUUUCGAAAUACGUAUCGAUGCACUCAAAGUUGUCAAAGAAUUUCGUCGACCUGUUGCACGUCCCGCGACGGGUAUUGGAACAUGGAAUUCGAUUUUACCCAUCAUGGCAAAAGUAACUGUUCUAUCCAAUGCAUUUUUGAUUGCGAUCACAUCGGAAUAUAUUCCUCGACAUGUUUAUUAUUGGACAAUUGGAAAUUAUUCAUUGAAUGGUUUCCUUCAUCAUACAUUGGCACCAUUUCAUCCAAGUGAUUUUCCUCCCGUAAUCAAUCGCACAUUACUGGAGUGUGAAUUUAUUGAAUUUCGAUUGAUUGAUUUAUCAAAACAAUCAACGUUUUUCUUACCAUUUGCACAAUCAUAUCAUCUAUCACAUUUUGAUUGCAAUUCGUCGUUGGCAAAUGAAAUACGCUCACAGAUCGAUUUUUCCACUUGUUAUUAUAAAGAUUAUCGACUUGAUCAUACACAUAAUUAUGCACGAUCGUACAUGUUUUACUACGUUAUGGUAGCAAGAUUAGCAUUUGUCAUUAUUUUCGAGCAUUUUGUAUACAGUAUCUUAUUUCUUGUUCGAAAUUUUAUACCACGUGGUCCGCGAAGCAUUCGAGCUCAACUCGAACGAUGUCGUUAUUUAGUUCAACAAAUGUAUUGGGGUGCCGAACUCUACGCCCAGAAUCCGAAUUUGAUCAAAAAGGAUGAAAAUCGUGUUCGAGUUGAUGAAGCUGAGCAUGAUCAACGUCGUCAGAGUACUCUUCCUUCUUUGAUGACACCGACGAAUGAUUUAACUUUCACUGGAACUGUUGGUUUGGACGUGUAA